UCAGGUCUGCUCGCAGCAGCGACCAAUACGGUCAAGGUAUCCGACGGUACGAGCACCGUACUCAAGUACAACGAACCACCAGAGGCCAGGAAGCCGACACUGGGGUGGAGAUUAUACGUGUUCAAAGGAAAAGACCGACCCGAUCUGCUACAUAUAAACCGACAAAGCGCAUACCUCAUUGGCAGAGAUCGCACGGUUGCAGAUAUCCUCAUCGAACAUCCAUCCUGCUCCAAGCAGCACGCAGUCAUACAACACCGACAAGUUCAAGUAAAAGACGAAUUCGGUGUGCCUAAGGCCAUGAUAAAACCCUUUGUAAUUGAUCUCGAGUCUACCAACCAUACGCAUGUCAACGACGAGACGAUCCCGACUACGCGUUUCUACGAGUUGCGGGCUGGCGACGUCAUUAAGUUUGGACUGUCAGAUCGGGAAUACGUAUUGCUUCACGAUGAA